CCAUAUGGCUCCUGCAAAUAUACAGUAUAAAGACAUGUAGUCUACGACCUGCUAUGAACUUCUAUGUAGUUCUCAUUAGAUAGGGACUUUCAACAUCCAUUUUGAUUGCUUGAAACCUAUUCCAAACAGCAGUGUUUUAGAUGGAACAAGCUCACAGUCAUGGCAAAACCAGGUCUAAGGGUGGAUGGACGACGCUUCACCUGGCGAGUUACUUUGGCCAGAAAGAUAUAGUUGAAGAACUGUUAAAGAGUGGAGUGGAGGUGAACACGCAGAAUGAUGCCGGGGACACUGCUCUACACAUUGCAGCUGUCUGUGGAAGAAAGGAGGUUGUUCUUCUGCUGUUACGGUACGCUGCAUGUUCCACGCUGCUCAACGGAUGUGCUCAGACCCCCAGGGAUAUCACCGACGAUGAUGAAGUCAUUACUAUGCUGGAAGCUGCUGAAAGAAGAGAAGGCAAGAAGUUGGAGGAGAGGCUUUUGGAUGCAGCAAGAGAUGGAGAUUGUGGUGCGGUAGCUCAGGUGCUCAGCAAGAAAAAACCUCCAGACGUCAACUGCAAGGACUCGCACGGGGAUACGGCGUUACACAUUGCAGCCAGCAGGGGGCAUAAAGAGUGUGUGGACUUGCUGGUUAAGAGUGGAGCCAGCUUCAAUGCAAUGAAUAAAAACGGACAGGCUGUGUUGGACGUCGCCAACGAUGAUCAAAUGAGAUUCUUUCUGGAGAAAUGUCAAGAAAAUACUACAUGUUUCACAGCUAGAAAGUUUGAAGGGUUCCUGUGGAAGAGGUCAGACUUUCUGAGCUGGAACUCCCAUUGGGUUGUUCUGGAGAAUGGGACAGUGAGCUGGUACUGUAACCAGUCCGAUGUAGCGUGUGGAGAUCGUAGGCAGGGCUGUAAGCCUCUUAUGAACGCUCAGUGUGUGGUAAAAGCCUGGGAUAAAUACUUUUUCACACUCAAGUGCUGUGACAGCAGUGCGCACCACUUUAAAGUGUCCUCUAGAUGCGCUGAACCGGAAAUCACCAGGAAAAAAUGGGUGGAUGCCAUCAAGGAGCAUGCCAUGUACAGUGCCCUCUGUGGAAAUCCAGACAAAACACCUGUACAGGAAGGAGAAGAUUUAGUGGCUGAAGAUGCGAUAGACCUGGGAGACUUUCUGUCACACUCUCUUCAGGCAGCUGAAAGUUACCAGAGGAUGCUGGAGUCUCAGGUGGCCAUGUUUGUCUCUAUGGUCAAGAAUGAGGACAACGAUGAUAUGACAGGUCCUGAGCUCCUCAAGGCCAGACAGAUAUGUGAGCUGUGUAGUGAGACGAGCUCAGUGUUGAGACACUGUGUGGAUCUCCUGUCCCAGCGUGAAGAGUGGAUUUCAGAGGAGGCACUCUCAGCAGACCUGACAUUCUCUACAGCACAAAAGACUUAUUCAAGGCACUUCCUGCCAUGUGUGUGGAGUGUGAAGUUAGAACAGGAAGUAGAAAAGAACAAGAUCCUGUCUGAGGCUCUGCAGAAGUUGGCGACGGAGCAUCACCAGCUCAAGCUUAACCUUUCUACCGACAGAAAGACGCCGACUCCGAGUACGCUCACCGAGGAUGAAUUUUACGACGCUCUCUCCGAAGCUCACACUCCUGCCAACAUGUCUGGGGAGGAGAACCAUGGAGACAAGACCCACUAUAAUGGUGUGAAGAAACACAGAACGUCUCUUCCUGCCCCAAUGUUCUCAAGAAAUGACGUGAGCAUCUGGAGCAUCCUCAAGAAAUGUAUUGGGAUGGAACUGUCAAAAAUCGCCAUGCCAGUCAUCUUCAACGAGCCUCUGAGUUUCCUGCAGCGUCUCACUGAAUAUAUGGAGCACACAUAUCUCAUCCAGCAAGCCAACGCCGCCACAGACUCCAUCCAGAGGAUGAAGUGUGUGGCUGCAUUUGCCGUCUCUGCUGUAGCUUCACAGUGGGAAAGGACCGGAAAGCCCUUUAAUCCACUGCUGGGAGAAACAUAUGAGCUAAUCAGAGAGGAUCUGGGCUUUAGAUGGAUGUCAGAGCAGGUGAGCCACCACCCACCCGUUAGUGCAUUCCACGCCGAAGGCCUAAAUGAUGACUUCCUGUUUAAUGGCUCCAUCUACCCUAAACUCAAGUUCUGGGGAAAGAGUGUGGAGGCUGAGCCUCGCGGAAUCAUCACCCUGGAGCUCCCCAAACACAAGGAAGCGUACACUUGGACCAAUCCUACAUGCUGCGUCCAUAACAUCAUUGUGGGUCAGCUGUGGAUCGAACAGUACGGCAAUGUGGAGGUUAUUAACCAUAAAACUGGCGAAAGGUGCAGUCUGACAUUCAAGUCAUGUGGCCUCUUCGGCAAAGAGCUACACAAAGUGGAGGGUUACAUACUUGAUAAAAGCAAAAAGAAAAUCUGCGCCAUUUACGGCAAGUGGACUGAAUGUCUGUACACAGUGGAUCCAUCUGCUUUCGACCUUCACAAAAAAGCAGAUAAGAAAACUGCCGAGGAGAAGAAAGACAGCAAGAAGGGCAGCGUGGAUGAGGAGGCUGAGGAGAUGCCCCCACCCGAGGCCGAGACCGUGCACGUCAUCCCGGGCAGCGAACUCAUCUGGAGGAUAUCACCCAGACCCGAAAACUCAGCACAGUACUACGCCUUCUCCACGUUUGCUAUGCAACUUAAUGAGCUGGAGGAAGACAUGAAGGAGAAUCUCCCCAUCACAGACUGCCGCCUCCGGCCUGACAUCCGCGCCCUGGAGAACGGAGACAUAGAUUUGGCCAGCACUGAGAAGAAGAGAGUGGAGGAAAAACAGAGAGUGGCGCGGAAAAACCGCUCCAAAUCCAAUGACGAGUGGAAGACGAGGUGGUUCCACCAAGGAGCAAACCCACACAAUGGCGGACAAGACUGGCUUUACUCUGGUGGCUACUGGAGCAGGAACUACUCCCAACUACCUGACAUAUACUAACCCUAAACCUUCAAUCAUCUGCAGAAAGGGACUCCUGAAGAGAAACCAUGCAUGUUCACUAUUAACUUCAAUUCAUGUAGAGUGUCAAUUAUUUAUACAGCCACAAGCUGGUUUUAUGUUUACCACCAUCUUCUAAACACUCAAGCAUGAGGAGGGGAAACAUGGCAGUUAUUCUUAAAUAUGCAGUGUGUGAGGUGAAGUUUGUUUGUCCAGAGACUUGCAUUGCAACUUAAAAUAAUUGAUAUAGAUAUUAGAGUUUCAAUUUCAAUAGAUGUAGCGAGGAUCAAUGUAAAUAUAAAUAGGCUAUAGAUGAUUAUCUGUCAAGACUUGAAUUUGCGGAAUGAAACAAACUUAGUCUUCUUUAGGUGGCUAAAACUUACCUCAUAAUCUUAGUAGCAUAUUAAAUCUGUCGUGAAUAACAUGUCAUAGUAAGUUUGCAGAUGUGAGCCACACUUAAUCCUUGGCUAACAAAUGUCUUUAGCCCAGUAUUAGGUUUAAUAUGGGAUUCAACAAAGCAUUUUGUUUGUAUAGAUAUUAUUUAUUUAAUUAUAUCCUGCAGAUAAUUGUUUGUGGCUAUUGAGAACCUCUUGAACGUAUAAAUGGGGGUUGGGGGGGUGGGGGGGGACGUGUUUAGCUUGUAGAUGGACCAAUCGAUUUUGUUGGGUUGUUGUUGAUUUAAGAGUGAAAUUCAAAUAUUUAUAGAGCCAAACUACCGAAACGCACUCAGUUUUUCAACUCCGAACACUCAUUAUAACAAAAAGAAUCUUUACGUAAUGUUAAUAUACAAGACUACGAAUUCAACGUCUCAUAAAUUUCAUUUUUCUCAGAUAUAUAAAAUUUAUAGUGAAAGCACAAAUAUAUUUAACUAUGCAAUGGAUAACUUUUUAUUAAAAAAAAAAAACAAACAAAAAACAAAUCCUUUGAUUAGCUCUAUCGAAUCUGCCUGAUUCAUUCUGGGAAACUGAAUUGACGAUAGUUAGCUGCAGUUUGCUUUGUGGCAGCAUAAUGAUAUUUACAACAGGGACCCUCUUCAGAGAAAGUAUACACAUAGAGUUGACUGGGUUAAGUAUAUUUAAUAUUUACUUUAGUAUAUUAGUCCUUCUAUACAGGUACGUUAAGCUUACCAACAACACCUUCUGUAAAGUGUAUCACAACAGUAGACCCAGCAUUGUAAAGUAUAUACGUUUUUAACUAUACAAUAAAAUCUUGAAUAGAAGUAUAAAAGAAGAGAAAUCGCAAAUUUGUUUGUAUUGUUACUAAAUAAACACUUACGCUUCCCUAAA